UGGACGAUCGUAACACCAUUGACCGAUACGGCCACAGCACAACAGCAAGAGCAGGAUCGCAAACAUCACCCAUCCUUCUUUCAUUCGCACCAAGGAGUCAUUCACCAUGUUGGAACAAGUCCUGCCCGACGUAGAGACAAGGCCGCUCGAGACAGAGAACGUUCAUGUCGCCACCAUUGAGCCCAGCCAGACAAACAGUGUUCUCAAAUUCGUCCGCAGCAAAUUGCCACCAACAAAAGGACUCGAUCAUCUCAAACAAAUUCGCAAAGAUAUUCAUGAUGGAGUGAAGCUGGACAUUAUUUUGUGUCAGGAGUCCGCAUUAUCCUCAGAAGAUCUCACUCGGUUACUGGAAGAAUCUGGAUUAUCGGCACAUGUGGAACCAAGACUUCAUGCCGUGCCAAUGCAUCCGCCACUGACACGGAACCAGUUUGAGAUCUGGAAGACGGCAUGGCCGACGACAUUUCGCGAGGAUAUGAGCAGACAUCCUGAAAUAUCAGAAAAUGAAGAGGAGACGAUAUUGGGACAUGUCAAGUAUAUCUGGGAACUCGCCAAGCAAGUAGCAUCUAAAGGCGAAGUUCCAAGUAUAGCCGCCAUUGUCGACCCAGCAACGCAACAAGUCCUGGCGACAUCGCAUGAUACCCGGAACAGCACACGACACAUUCUCAACCAUGCUGUUAUGAACUGCGUCGAGGCCGUUGCAAAGCGCGAACGUGAACGGCAUCAACAACAGCAACAACAACAACAAACACAGACACCUAGAGCCUCAUCCCCGGCCUGCGGGGAAAAACGAAAGGAGCACCCCACUAGUGGCACAGGAUCGUCACCAUCGUCGCGCAGUCCAGAUCACAAAAAACCAGUGCAUGACAUACCCUCAGAAAAGGAUACUAUUACAGGAGUAGAACAUCAAGAAGAUGAACAAGGUCAACAGGACGGUGAAGAGCCACAGGACGAAUCCUCGCGCCCGAAAAAGGCGUAUCUGUGUACGGGAUACGACAUCUAUUUGACACACGAGCCCUGCGUGAUGUGCUCAAUGGCGCUGGUGCAUUCACGUGUCGGACGAGUGUUCUAUACGAUCCCGAUGAAGGCCUCUGGAGGACUUGGGAGUGUGCACAAGAUCCAUAGCCAUCCGAGUUUGAACCAUCAUUUUUUUGUAUAUCGGAAUGUUGGAUCUGAGGAGGCGCCUGCGUGGGCUGCCGGAGGUGGAGAGGCAGCAGUGGAGCUGGAGCUGGAGAACUUUGAUUGCUGAGGCAAUGCAGUUCUGUUCUUGAAUAAUAAAGACGACGAGCGUUUUCCAAAG